AUGUCCCUACUCGUCGCCUACGGAGCAUCCUGCCCCGACACUCUCGUGACAGAAUUGCCGCAUCACGACGACAGACCUAUCUCCCGUGGCGAUCCCUAUGAGCACGAAAAGCUCCUACACUGCGCUGACCCGGAUCAAUGCCACCGUUGCUCUCGCAAACGCCGCAGACCUACCUUCGAUGCCUACCCCAACACCCUCCCUCAUAGCACCUCAUUCCUCUCCCGCCCGUCUCUCCCUCCACUCCGGGGCUGCCAGAAACUGAUCGCCCUCCUACAACAUUUCACUUGCUGCGCUCGCUCCCGCCGCCGGUAUGCCCUACUGACACGCUACCGCUACUCGCAGCAAAAAAAGCCAUUUUCCUCCAUCUCCGUUGCCAUCGAGCAGCUCACUUCAGAAACGUACGAAGAAGAAGACCUUGCGGGCAUUCCUGAUAUACUCGAAUCCAUAAAGCUACAAGCAACCGGUCCCACCGAGGCUGCACGUGCUAUUCGCAAGAAGCUCAAGUAUGGGAGCGUACAUCGCCAAUUACGUGCCCUCACAAUCCUAGAUGGCAUCCUCCAGAAUGGCCCACAGCGUAUGCAGCGUACCAUUCUUUCCGACGGCCCUUUACUCGAGCGGCUACGCAUCGCGGCGGUCGAUCAAGUGUCAGAUCCUGAGGUGCGGCAGAAGUGCAAGGACCUGUUCUCACAAUGGGUAGCCAGCUCUACAUCAGCCCCUGGCCUAGAAGGCGCAAAGUCUCUCUACAACGUUCUCCCUAAGAAGCAGAAACCCUCGAUGGCACAGCGUCAAAAAGAGUCCCGCGUUCUGCGGGAGACAGAAGAAGACGCUCGCCGACAACGAGCACUCGAAGAAGCCCAAGCCGAGCAAUCACUUUCUCGACACGGCAGUUACGGCGGUGAAGCAUCCUCCCCCAACACUCUUCGCAAGACAUCUAACCCACCCAUCCCCCUCGGCUCCUCCGGCAGCUUUCUGUCCUCACGCAAGGACAAGAAGUCCAAAAAGUCGAAAGGUCAACAAACCUUCUCGCUCGAGCGCGAGAAGCCACAAAUCCUGCAGUCCAUCGCUUCUGCGUCCGUCGCCACCACCAACCUCAACAAUGCCCUCAAGCUCGUAAACCGCGAAUCCCACCGUGUCUCCGAAGACCCGGAGGUGCAGAAACGCUUCGAGACUUGCAAGCAACUGCGCCGCCAGGUUCUGCGAUACAUCCAUUACGUGGAGCAAGAAGAGUUUCUAGGUGGCCUGAUCCACGCCAACGAGGAAUUGGUACAGGCGCUCAUGGCGUUCGAGGUCUUGGACCGCAGCGUCGAGGACGACAGUGACAGCGAGGUGGAGGAGGCGAUGCACCUAAGCCGACAGGCGCGCGCGGCCGAGGCAAGCCAGGCCAGAGAUGCCGAGAAGAUGGUCGCCGGCCUGAGUCUGCAAGAGGAGAAGGCACCUGUGAAACCUCCGAGGCCAGGAGCUCCUACAGGUCUAGCGAUGCCUCCGAGACCUGGCGCGGGUCUCGGCGGUAAGAAGGUCGAGAGCGAGAGUGAUGAGGAAAGUGACGAAGAAGAUGAGGAUGAAGACGACCCAUUCGCGGACCGAAAUGCAACAAAGACACCGGAUCUACGAACUGCAGAGCGGAGGGGUUACGGGUUUGGAGGGAUUCGAGAGGUUUAA